CCGCACAGUCGUUCAGUGAACACAGUUCUUCGGCUCUUGUGACGAAUCCACUCGGCGAAAAUGUCGCAUAGAAAGAACACGCUGGUUGUGGACUUUAGUGUUCUCCCAAAACGACCCCCUUUAGAGCAGGUAAAGAAGUUCCUGGAGGAGUCCAUCAAACUUGACAUGGCUGAUGUUAAGAGUAUUCAGCUGCACAAUCUCAACAACUGCGUGUUUAUCGAGAUGAACGAUGCAGGUGUAGCUCCACGGCUACAAAAGCAAAACCACCUGAAACACUCUUUCCUUCACCUGGGAGUAUUCUAUCACGUACCAGUGUACGUCGAUGUUCCAACUACUACAAUAAAACUACACGACCUUUCGCCACGCAUGCCGAACACCACCAUCUCCAACCAUCUGAAGCAAUACGGUAAAAUAAUCUCCAUACAAAAUGAGACGUGGAAAAACUUCUUCCCGGGAGUGCUGAACGGUGUGAGAGUAGUGCGGAUGAUGGUAGAAAAACCAAUACCUUCACGCAUCGUUAUCGAAAACGAACCGACGCUAGUUACUGGUCAAAAACCAAACAAUCAGCCGCAACCAAAGUGCCCAGUGGCGGCUGCAGAACGCACAUCAACAAUGCCAUCAAACUCAUCCAAGCACACCACUACCGACCCUCUGUCAGUGCAAACGGAAACAAUCGAAAGCGAAAACGACGACGACGAAAGUGACGACGACGACAACAUACUAUUUGGGCCCGGCACUACUGCAGCCAGCGCGAAAAGGCGAUUGCCAGCCGCAUCGGAAACAGCAAGCGAUACGCGAGACGAUAAUAUCCCGAAGAGAUCGUGUGGGGAUGACGUGUACGAUACGAGCAAUAGCAGAGAGCAGAAUGAAUCGGACUGGAAAACGUACAACACCAGAUCGAGAAAAAAAUAA